CAUUCAGACCGAGUUUUCUUUACACUAUUUCAGAAUUUAUCUUUUAACUCCCAUGUGUAUUUAUUGUGGUGCAUCGUAUUGAAAUUAUUUAAGAUCAUUAUUUGAAAUUUAUUGCACUUGUAGUAUUACCAUCUUCUUAAUUGAGUGCUUAAUUCUUAUUCCUUUAUCAACUGAUCGAUGUGGUACUUGGUCUCAAUUGCAGUUACCGGACAGACUUACCCAAAGAAAGGCCAAGUGGUAGUAGUACAUUACACAGGAACCCUAGAGAAUGGACAGAAAUUUGACUCUUCAAGAGAUAGAGGGCAGCCAUUUAAGUUUAGGAUCGGUCACCAAGAAGUCAUUAAAGGCUGGGACGAAGGAGUAGCAAAGAUGAGUAUUGGAGAGCGUGCCAUUUUAACAUGUAGUCCAGAUUACGGAUACGGAGCUAUUGGUUACCCAGGAGUUAUCCCACCAAAUGCAAAGCUAAUAUUUGAUGUGGAGCUGUUGAAAUUGGAAUGAAUCUUCAAUGGAAAAACUGUACUAUACCUAAUUUAUUGAAAUUUGUAUUUCUUUUAUAAAGAAUAGACAAUUUUAUCCACAAAGGAGUAAAAGAAUUAUGAUUUUUGUCAGACAUAUUCCCUAUAAAUUUGCAUAUCCAUGUAAUUUGAGAUGAUUAUUGUGUGCAAAUGUGUGAAAGUGUUAAUGUAUAAUGAGUUAUAAAAUAUGUUUAUAUCUUUUGAAUCAUGAAUGAGCAACAACAUCAUUUACUUAUGUGCUUUUUAUGACAGGAAAAAAACAGAGAGUGAUGAAAUAUUCUUGUAUGAGUAUAUUCAUGUUUUGUUAGUAGGAUGGAAAUGACCAUUACCAGCCAUUCUGUAUUAGAUUGUUCCGACAUUUUAUCAGAUUUAUUAGGAAGAUCUUAGAUGCAGGGGGCAAAUUCUAAGACAAUAGAGUGACUAAGUCUUUUUAUUGUCAUUAAUCAGAAAUAGUGAUGGUAAAUACAUGCAUAUGGAACAGGAAAAGUUCAAUAUGUGUGUGUAUGUGAUAAACAUUUACCAUAUUUGUAAACUUUCUAGAACUGUAUUUUAUUUUGAGAAGACAUUGUUAUAUGAAGUUGCAAUUAUUAGAACUAAACACACUUUGCUAUGCUGUAGAUUUCAUGAUACAGUAGUAGAGCUAGAAAUCAGUGUAAAAACAUUUGAAUUGGUACAUGCUAUACAUGUAUCUCAAAAUGUUGCAGUCAAGGAUUGUACACUGUAUAUGAAUGCACAUUUGUAACAAAUUGUCAAAAGAUAAUUUGAUCUUAAGAAAAAUGUAAACAUUUUGAUUAUUUCAAAAAUUAUUUUUGAAAUUAAUAGGAAUAAAAUUUGUAAGUGAUCUCAUAUCUAUAUAUACCAGUAGAUGCAAUGUUAUUUUUGCUAAAGAAGAUUCUUUCUUUUUUUUUUACCUGUGGUAUACUUUUGUUUAUAGUGAUGUGAUAUUCCUGAAAGCUGAGAAAGGAUAAACAUUUUAUGUAUAUUUUGCUAAUUGCACACCCGGUAAUUUAAUUUUCUAAAAAAAAAAAUCAUAUUUUUAAAUGAAAGGACAGUUAAAUGAGCAAUAUUUAACUAUAUGUUGUGUAUGAUAAUACAUGGAAACAAGGCUCAUGAAAAGAGAAAAUGUGUAGAUCUUUGAUUAGGUUGUAACAUCUACCCAUAUACCCUAAUUAUUUCAUCCGGUUUGUGCAAUUAAAGUCCAGCAAGUAAGUCCAGCAAGUACUGUUUUGAGUGAGAGAUUAUACGGCUAUUGAGAGGCAGAGAAAUUAAGAUAAUAUUAAACUUGAACUAUGAAUUCCAUAUUGUCCUGCAAUUGGUAUAGUAAAAAUAUUUAGGUACCUCACUACACCUAGACUUAUACUUUUUAAGACGUACACUACAUCACAAGAUCACAAUUUAAAUUGUUUGUAUCAAUUUUAUUUGUUGUAUAUUGUCAUAGCUCAUUGGUUAAAGUACAGGGCUUGUAACCGCUGAUCAGGACUUCGAAUCUGCCUGAGGUUUUAAUUCAUUUUGACUGAACUGAAUUUGUGGAAAAAUAAUUUUUAUCCAAAAUUGCAAUUUUUCAGACUAAUUUAUAUAUCUUAACCAACAUGCUUUUCAUCAUUAUGAAGUACAUCUAAUCUUCUGCUGAUUAGAGAAACUUUUUUAAGGGGUAGUGACCCACCUUAAUAAUUACUGGGUAAACACAUAAGUGUUAAUUACUCAAGAAUCAUAUUGACUUGUACAUGUAUUAUAUACUUUGUGUUGGUAUUGUACGUAAACAGUUAACUACAGAGUCAAUGAUAUUCUUUUUGCAGGAAAUACAUCAUUUACAAAAAAUAUGAUGUUCACAAUCAGAAUUUUCAGUACCUGGGUAGAUAUGAAACUUGUACUAUUAAUUUAUUUUUGAGGGAGGAGAAUAAAAGAUGGAUUAAUUGUAAAAAUUACAUUUCACAUAAACAUACAAAAUAUUAAUAAUAAAUUGUUUAAUUAUUAUCCUUAGGAGAUAAUUGAUUUGGAUUAUUGUACCCGUUUAUUGUUUACAGUGUUUUACAAAAUUUAUAAAAUAUCUUUGUUUUAUUGCAAUUUUUUUGUGAAUUUUUAUUUGAAUAAAAUACAAAGAAAUACCUAAAA